AUGACUAUGGAGCAGCUCAUAACUUCAGCAAACCAAAACGCCACCCCUUCCCCACUCCACAAGCUGCUAUACAAAUUCAAGAUAAACCCCACCCAAAUGGAAAAUAUCCUGCCGGUACACCACUAUCCAAAGUGGGAAGCAGACGUGGAAAUAUGCAUAGCCAGGAAGGAGGAGGCAGCUGAAGAAGACAAGCUCGCAGAUGAGGAGCUAAGAGUGUACUUGGACGGAUCAGCAAUAGAGGGAGGAGUAGGAGCAGCAGCGGUGUUGAUGCAAGGAGAAGAAGUAAGAGACAAGCUAAGAUUCCACCUAGGGAAAGACAGCGAGCACACGGUCUAUGAGGGAGAGAUAAUAGGGAUGAUCCUAGCGGUCGAGCUAUUGAGAAGAGCAGGAGGAGAAGGGACAAUGGCACUGGGAGUGGACAAUCAAGCGGUGAUUCAUGCAACAAAGUCAUUCAACUCCCAACCAGGUCACUACAUCAUCCGCGAUCCCGGCAUUAUGCCAGCUCGCUGUCCUUCUUGCGGGAAAGAGUUCAAGGACCAUACCUCUGUUGCUUGUCAUAUGAGCCAACCUCGAAAAGAUGAUCCUAUGGUCACAGAUGACCCUCGUGAACUUUAUACUUCCUCCUAUGAAACAGGAGAGGAUAUGAAUGUGUAUGACUUCAGUAAUGAAGGAGAGACUUUUGAGCGAGAAUCUGGAGGUAGAACUCAGGAUAGGGAUGCGGAAGUAACCAACUUCUUUCCCAAGCCCCCACUUGCCUUUGAACACGGCUACAUGUUCUUAAGUCUGUUCGAAUCUGACGAGAAUAGCGUCCACCGCAAAACCAACCUUUACUAUCCGUUUUCAAGUAGGAGAGAAUGGCAAGUUGCAGCAUGGCUUCUGCAUUCGGGCCUAAGCAUGGAGAAAAUCAAUUCUUUUCUAGCAUUGGAGAUGAUUCAGGAUUUACAUCUAUCAUUCCACUCAGCAAGAGAGCUUCAAGGUCGAGCUGAAUCACUGCCGACUGGUCCGCGUUGGAAAUCCCAAGCUAUUCGUACAUCUCACGCUACAAAGUUGCCGGUUAUUCUCUACUGGCGGGAUCCGAUCAAGUGCAUUUCCAAUUUAUUCAAUCACCCUUUAUUUCACAACCAUAUGGACUUUGCGUCUCACAAGGUUUAUACUACAGCGCAGAAACUGUCUCAGGUGUAUACCAAAUGGAUGACAGCUGACCAUGCUUGGGAAAUGCAGUCGGCGCUACCUCAUGGCGCAACACUCCUUGGUACUAUUUUGUCGUCGGACAAGACAUGUAUCACUGCAUUGACGGGUGAUCACAUUGCACAUCUACUCCUUCUCAGCAUUGCCAACAUUCACAUGAGCACACAGUUAAAAUCAUCCUCAAACACUUUUGUACUUACUGCGCUGUUACCCGUCCCCAAAUUCAUUCACAAAAAGAAACGAAUGAAGGGCGUGUUACAGGAUCAGCUUGUUCAUCAGUGCCUGGACAUUGUAUUAGAACCACUGAAGGUGGCUACUCAAGAGGGCAUCAUGUUGUCAGAUCCCACUGAACACAGUUGUUACUGCUUUACCCUGCUUGCGAGUUAUAUCGCUGAUACCCCUGAAGCCAUGAUGCUGGCAUGUGUCGGUGGAAAGACAUCUCCUGUUACGAUGGCCAUGUACAAACAAUCUGGAGAUGCACUCCGACAUGAACCCCACACAAGAGCAACAACUCUCGCACAGCUAGAUGUUGUGCACUCACGUGCUGAUCAAGACGAUGUCGAAACAUUUUUCCGCGAAUCACAGAAGUUCUGCCUGAAUUGCAUUGCAAAGCCUUUCUGGAGUGAUUGGGUAUUAGCGGAUCCUGACCGGUUUUUCACACCUGAAUCUUUGCACAUCAUUCACAAGAAGUUUUGGGAUCAUGACACGCAGUGGCUUAUCCUCGCAGUUGGAGAGUCUGAGAUAGAUUUUCGCUUUUCCAUCUUACAGCCCACCACUGGUUAUCAGCAUUUCCACAAAGGCAUCUCAAAACUCAAGCAAGUUACAGUCUGCACAGAUGCAGCACCCCCUGGUGUCAUUGUUGCUGUCCAUGCAAUUUUGCAUUUUCAUUACCUCAUACAAUCACCAUGUAUUAAUGACGACGAUAUCCACCACAUCUCAGCUGCGUUAGAUGAGUUCCAUGCCAAUAAGGAUGCCAUUAUCAGCGCUGGAGUUCGCCAAGGAGAAGGCCGUACAGUUAUCAACAACUGGUGCAUACCUAAACUCGAGCUUAUGCAAAGCAUCGUGCCUAGCAUCCACAGCUCUGGUGUUACAGGACAAUGGUCUGCGGAUGUUACUGAGCACGUGCAUAUCACAGAGAUAAAAGACCCCGCGAGGUCCAGUAAUAACAACAACUAUGACCCCCAAAUCUGUCGCCAUCUCGACCGUACGGAUAAGUGUAAUCGGUUCGAACUUGCCACAAGCCUUCUAGACCAUGUGCAAAGUACCGAGGAGUUGCAGGGUUCAGAGAGGAAUUUACUGACAAGGAUGAUGAGACUGACAGUGAUGUGGACGAUACUCCCGCAGGACUACCCUCCAGAUCUCAACGACCUGGACAGCCACGUUCUAUUACGAACUACUUUGCGAUCACCAAUAUGCUCCAGCAAAGGGAAAUGGGAUCAGUGCCAGUCCCGUUACGCACCUUUGUUGUCAGAUGGACCGCUUUUCAUCUUGCUUACUGAUCCUUCUAUUAAGAGUGUUACUCUUGAUGAAGUUGCCGUCAAGUUCGGCCUACCAGAUCUGCGCCCGGCUAUGGCUAAUUUCCUUCACCGUGAGGUGACUUAUGGCAAUCUUGUUCACCCAAUUGGUGGUCCCAGAAGGGCUGGACAUAACGCCAAACUUCCGUUUGAUAAGGUCCAAGUCUGGUUUAAAAUCUGCUUACAGGAGACAGAGUUUUACAACAUUCACAGUAUUCGCCCAACUCAGACACUAAACUGCGCACCACCCAGUAACCCCUGGACGUUGGGCUGUUAUGACAAUGUUAUUAUCCAGACCAGCGCAGAGCACUCAUGGCCUGCUAGUGGUCUUUCAGGUGCAUUCUUUCUGCAUUUAUUGUGA